UGAUUCUAUACAGGAAAAUCAAUCGUUUGUAGAUUUCCUUUACCUAUUUGGAAUGCCAUAUUGAACGAGCAUUGAACUUCACGCUGAAAUAUCUCCUGGUCUGCAUUCAGGUAUUCGUGCGCCCUUCCGGAAUCGUCAGACCUGAAGUGACAGCUUCAAUGGUCUGUUGAGUUAUGCUCUGUAGGAAUUAAGUUGGAUUUUCAUCGUUUUGAGAAAGUGACCUGCUGUUUUAAACAUGGCAGACACGACGGACGGUCCCCCCGGGGAAAAGGAGGCGAAUAAGGCUCCAAGUCCUAAGCCAGAUCAAGAUGUAUCGCCACCCCUGGUUUCUGUCAAGGGAGAGGAGAAGAAGAAGCCUGCUCCAAAAACCCCAGCUGCCCCUGCAAAGGGUCCAGCAAAGAAGAAUGUCAUCCUGACCGGAGAGGCAAUGAAGGAGAUGCAGAAACAGGCCAAGCAGAACCGUGAGGAGAGACGCAUGCAGUGUGAUGCCCGACACAACUACAUAUUCAAACAGAUUGCCGAUGCCCUCGGAUUAGAAGUAAACAAUGUAGAAGACUUUGUCUUUGGAGAUGAAAGGUUUGACCUAAUUGAAGAAAUCUUCAAGGCUGAUGGAGCAAGAAAACUCCUUUUCUUCUAUCAGACUGUGCAGCAAAAGGGCUACAGAGAUCCCUCAGGAAGUAAUACCACGAAGAAACUCUUCAUCACACCCGGAGAUGUGGAGGGUUGCCAUGGACUGUGUUUGUAUUUCCUGCGGACGACCAACAAGGCCAUCACCAUCCAGAACAUUGCCAACGAGAUCAACUUCGGAAUGAUGGACUGCAGCAAUGGAAAAGUGCUCAGUGGCUUCCAAGGAUAUCUCUCAAAGAUCAUAUUGCCUGCUCUUAAGUCCCUUGAGCAAUGGGGCAGCAGUAUGGUGAAGCCAGUUCCUGUUGCUCCUAGUGAAGAUGGCACAGGGCCAACACCUCCCGCUCCUGCUAACAGCGCUACUGCCGAAGAGUUUCUGGAACAGCUCGAGAAGUUUGUCCAGAACCUCAUGUCUGCAGUAAGAAACAUGGAGGGGCAGGUGACCCUGGCUGAAAAUGGCGUCGGACCCGUCAUAGAAAGCAUUGAGUCUCCAAAUGACUACCAAGGAAUAGCCUCCAACACAGAGUACCUAGAGAAGUUUGAGAACCUUCUGUUGACCUGGUCCAAACAGAUUGAGCAGGUGCUGGCUGAGAGUGAACAGAUGAGGCGCGAGGCCGACGAUAUUGGACCCACCGCCGAGCUUGCAUACUGGAAGAGCAGGAUGGCCAAAUUUAAUAACCUGCUCGAACAGAUGAAGAGUCAGCGUGUGAAGGCCACCAUCGGGGUACUGCAAGUCGCCAAGUCUAAAUCUCUCCGUCACUGGAAGGAAUUGGAUUGUCGAAUCACUGAUGCUGCCAAUGAAGCCAAGGACAAUGUCAAAUACCUGUAUACACUGGACAAGUUCUUUGGCCCGCUGGUUAAAUGUACUCCAGCUACUAUGGUAGAGCACAUUCCGAGCCUGAUGAACGCCAUUCGUAUGAUCUACAGCAUCUCCCAGUACUACAACACGUCGGAGCGUAUGACCUCCCUGUUUGUCAAGGUCACAAAUCAGAUGAUCACAACGUGUAAAGCCUACAUCAUGCAUGACGUGUCCAGGAUAUGGGAUAUUCCUAGGCCCGUCCUGCUACAGAGGCUGAAUGAAUGUACUCAACUGAAUGAUGAGUACCAGAAACAGUUUCAGAAGACAAAACAGAAGCUCCGUGACAAUCCAAAUGAACGCAAAUUUGAGUUCAGUGAGAACUACAUCUUUGGAAAGUUUGACACAUUUUGCCGUCGCUUAGAGAGAAUAGCUGAUAUGGUAAACACCAUGGAGAUGUUCUCUGGAUUAAGCGAUGUCAAAAUUGAGGGGAUUGAAAACAUUGCGAUCAAGUACAAGACAAUUGUCGAUCAAACGAGGAAGAAGAAUUAUGAUGUACUUGACCACAGAAAAGGGGAGUUUGACAUGGACUACACAGAGUUCCGUAACCAGAUUGAGGGGCUGAGGCUGAUGAUGCAGAAUUUUAUGGACACAUGGUUCUCCAGGUCUCUCACGACUGAGAAGUCUGUUGAGCUGCUGUUCAAGUUUGAGAACAUUGGCGGUGCACAGCUUGACAUGAACGAGAAGUAUAUGAAGGUACUAAUGAACUAUGGGAAAGAUCUGGAAUCCAUCCGUAAGCUGUACCAGAAAUACAAGGCCGAACCUCUCAUUCCCCGAAACCUUCCCCCAGUCGCAGGGCGCAUUGCCUGGGCACGACAACUUUACAGGAAGAUUGAACACCCAAUGAAAGUCUUCAAGACCAAGCCAGAAAUCCUCAAGCAUCCAGAGGCCAAGAAAAUUGUCAGGAAUUACAACAAAAUGGCUGGUGUUCUCCUGGAGUAUGAGAUGCUGUACCAUCGUGGGUGGAUGAGGGCCGUCGAGGCUGCGAAGGGAGGACUCAAUGCCUCCCUACUUAUUCGCCACCCAGAUACUAUGGAUCUGCAUGUGAACUUUGACCCCCAGGUCCUGGAGCUAAUCCAGGAAUCCAAGUGUUUACAAGCUCUGAACCUGGAAGUCCCGGAGGCUGCCAAGGCAAUGAUCGUCACUGAGGAGCAGAUCAAAGCCAACGCUGUGUCUCUGCGUGAAAUGUUGAACGAGUACCACCGUAUUGUGGCUGAGAUUCCCCAGGUGCUCCUGCCACUAAUGCAGCCAAUCAGAGACAAAGUGGAGGAGUCUCUGCUGCCCGGAGUUAUUGCCCUUACCUGGUCUUCCCUGAACGUGGAUGAUUAUAUCACAGAAAACUACAAGAUGAUGACAGAGCUCGAGAAGUUGUCCAAGGUCGUGCGUGAUAUCCUGGAAUGCAGGAUAGAAGCUGUCCUACAGGACAUGUCCGUGUCUGCACUCUGUGAUCUUCCCGAAGAUGAGGCUAUCACCAUGGAGAAAUUCCUGGAAAUAACCUCAGAUGUUGUGGAUGUGGCCUCAAAGCAAUUGGCUGUUCAGAGUCAACUGGUUGAAAAAGCGGUGUAUGAACUGACCAACACCCUGCGCAUGACGUUGCCCGAACCCAUUAGGGAAAGUCUUCACCCAGAGGAAGGGUACAGCUGUGCACAGCCCGACCCGAAAAACAAGAAGCAACGCUGCCAGGAGUGUCAGCCAUGCUCUUACUACACUCUCCUCAACCAUUUCACGCAGAGGAACACAGAAGCGCUUGUCAAAUGUACUCGUCUGUCUUUGGAUGCUAUCAAGCGUCGACUUCAGACGUCUAACAAGUACACAACUGACGCUAAUCGUGACGACACAAAGCCGCCCCUGUUCCGUGCGGACAUCGUGCUGGCGAUCCCCAAUGUGGUAAUGAAGCCAAGUCUGGAUGACAUUCAGUCAUCUCUGAACAAGGCUGUCCAGAUCAUCCUCAAGACGUCGAUGGACAUCCCACAGUGGGAACAUCUUGUCCUCCACCAGAGACAGCAGCAAAAGCGGUACCAGGAGAUGGACCAGGCUGCUGCUGCAGAGGCUGAGGAGGGGGCUAAGAUCAUGACUACCUCCCUUAUAAAGCCACUUCACAAAAUUAUCAGUGAGCACAAGGAUGUACAGAAAAUCGUUAUCCAGCUCAACUCCAUCAUCUCAACUUUCAAGGUUGAGGUCCAGGAAGUGCUAGAAAACUUCACCAAAUAUGCCCACUUGUGGGACAAGGAACCUGUCGCUUCAGUGAAGGAGUUCAUGGAGGCUAACCCCAUCCUUACAGAGAUUGAAGCACAGAUCAAGUUCUACCAAAAACUGGAAACAGACAUUGAAGAGAUGCAGUAUAGUUACCGUGUGGGUUCCGUAAUGUUUGUGACUGACCCUCUUAAACUGGCUCUCAUCACCGAGGCCAAGAACUGGAAAAUGGCAUAUGCUAAAGCACUCAAUGAGAAAUGUGCCGGUGAAAUGGACGAAAUUCUUGAUUUUAUUGACUCUCUUACCAAGAGACUUUCACGUCCGGUCAAAGAUUUGGAUGAUGUACGUGCAGAAAUGGCCGCCCUCGCUGAGAUACGUGAGGCGGAGAUCCGAAUCGAUAUGACUAUCACGCCAGUAGAGGAGUCUUAUGCCAUGCUGAACAGAUACAACAUCUUCUUCAAUGAUGGAAAUGCGGAGCGAGUAGAUUCCUUGUCCUACGGAUGGAAGAAGUUGAUAGCACAGAGCCAGCAAGUGCAGAACUACUUACUAGAGAUCCAACCGAAAUUCAAGUCGGACCUCCUGGCAGGUGUCGAGACCUUCAUCAAGUCAUCCAAUGAAUUCUCCAAUGACUACAAUACAGCCGGUCCUAUGGAAGACGGGAUUGCUCCUCGAGAAGCUUCUGAUCGUCUCAACAUCUACCAGGCCCGAUUUGAUGAACUGUGGAGAAAGUAUGUUACAUACAAUGGAGGAGAGGAACUGUUUGGCCUGCCAGUUACCCAGUAUCCCGAUCUACAGAGGAUACGCAAGGAGCUCAAUCUGCUCCAGAAACUCUAUUCCCUCUACAACAUUGUACUGGAGAAUGUCAAUGGCUACAAUGACAUCGCCUGGGUCGAGAUUGACAUUGAGAAAAUUAACAAUGAACUCCUGGACUUCCAAAACAAAUGCCGGAAGUUGCCCAAGGCCCUGAAGGAAUGGCAGGCCUAUGAGGAAUUGAAGAAGACAAUUGAUGACUUCAACGAGACUUGUCCUCUCCUCGAGAUGAUGGCGAACAAAGCCAUGAUGCCACGUCACUGGGAGCGCCUUGCUCAGAUCACGGGACACACUUUCGACGUCGAUGCCGACAACUUUCUGCUCCGUAACCUAAUGGAGGCUCCACUGCUGGAGAACAAGGAAGACAUAGAGGAUGUGUGUAUCUCGGCGGUGAAAGAGAAGGACAUUGAAGCCAAGCUGAAGGGUGUGGUCAAUGACUGGAGUGGCCAGAACUUUCAGUUCUCUGGCUUCAAGAACAGGGGAGAACUUCUCCUGAAAGGUGACACAACGUCUGAGACGGUGGCAUUGAUGGAAGACAGCUUGAUGGUUCUCGGAUCGUUGCUAAGCAACAGAUACAAUGCUCCAUUCAAACCAAGGAUCCAGGAAUGGGUGCAGAAACUGACGGGGACGACGGAGAUUAUAGAGAACUGGCUUGUGGUGCAGAACUUGUGGAUUUAUCUCGAGGCUGUGUUUGUGGGCGGUGAUAUCGCCAAACAGUUGCCACAGGAAGCCAAGCGUUUCAGUAACAUUGACAAGUCAUGGAUGAAGAUCAUGCAGCGAGCUCACGAGAAUUCUAACGUCGUGACGUGCUGUGUUGGGGACGAUACUCUGAUGCAGUUACUCCCCCAUCUACUGGAACAGCUGGAGAUCUGUCAGAAAUCUCUCACAGGAUACCUAGAGAAGAAACGUCUCAUCUUCCCAAGAUUCUUCUUCGUCUCCGACCCUGCCCUGCUCGAAAUUCUUGGGCAGGCUAGUGACUCACACACAAUUCAGAAUCAUCUGUUGUCUGUGUUUGACAACACCAGACUUGUGACAUUUGACGAGAAAGUCUACGAUAAGAUUCUCUCCCUCAACUCCCAGGAGGGAGAGAACGUGCCGCUGGAGGAACCUGUUAAUGCGCAGGGUAAUGUGGAGAUCUGGCUGGGCGACCUGUUAAAGUGUUCCAGAAGGUCUGUCCAUUCAGUUAUCCGAUCCGCUUCCGUAUCCAUCUCGGAUUCCAACUUCAAACUUGUGGAGUUUGAAAACAUGUUCCCAGCACAGGUCGGACUCUUAGGCCUGCAGAUGAUUUGGACGAGGGAUUCAGAGGACGCCCUUAAUAAUGCCCGCACAGACAAGAAAAUCAUGGUCAACACCAAUCAGAAGUUCCUUGACAUCCUGAACGAGCUCAUCGCCAUGACAACCGAGGAUUUGACGAAAAUUGAGAGGACAAAAUACGAAACUCUCAUUACUAUUCAUGUGCAUCAAAAGGACAUCUUUGACGACCUGGUGAAAAUGCACAUCCGUUCCCCUGGAGACUUCGAGUGGCUGAAGCAGUCUCGUUUCUACUUCAAAGAGGAUACCGACCAAUGUAUCAUCUCUAUUACUGAUGUUGAUUUCAUCUACCAGAACGAGUUCUUAGGGUGUACCGAACGUCUGGUCAUCACCCCACUUACUGACAGAUGUUACAUCACUUUGUCCCAGGCCCUAGGCAUGUCGCUCGGUGGGGCCCCGGCUGGCCCUGCGGGUACAGGCAAGACAGAGACUACCAAGGACAUGGGACGUUGCCUCGGAAAAUAUGUAGUCGUCUUCAACUGCUCCGAUCAGAUGGACUACAGAGGUCUUGGUCGUAUCUACAAAGGUUUGGCACAGUCGGGCUCGUGGGGCUGCUUUGACGAGUUUAAUCGUAUUGAGCUUCCUGUGCUGUCUGUGGCCGCCCAGCAGAUCGCCAUUGUACUACAGUGUAAGAAAGAACGUAAACCCAACUUCAUUUUCACUGACGGGGACAAUGUAGACAUGGACACCGAGUUUGGCAUCUUUUUGACCAUGAACCCAGGUUAUGCUGGUCGACAGGAGUUGCCAGAGAAUCUCAAAAUCAACUUCCGUACCGUGGCCAUGAUGGUGCCAGACAGAGCUAUCAUUAUCCGUGUCAAGCUGGCCAGUUGUGGUUUCAUGCAGAACAUUGUGCUCUCCAAGAAAUUCUUCACGCUCUACAAGCUUUGUGAGGAACAGCUCACCAAACAGGUCCAUUAUGAUUUUGGUCUGCGUAACAUUUUGUCUGUGUUGCGUACACUUGGAGCUUUCAAGAGAGCUAACCCCGAGGAUCCCGAGACAACAAUCGUGAUGAGGGUUUUGAGGGACAUGAACUUGUCCAAACUGGUGGACGAGGACGAGCCUUUGUUCAUGUCACUAAUUGAUGAUUUGUUUCCCGGCAUCACUCUCGACAAGGCUGGUUAUCCAGAAAUGGAGGCUGCCAUUGAGAAAGAGGUGUCCGAGGGAGGCCUUAUCAACCAUGCACCCUGGAUUCUGAAGUUAAUUCAGCUGUUUGAGACCCAGCGUGUACGUCACGGUAUGAUGACACUUGGACCCACUGGAGCUGGGAAGACCAAGUGUAUCCACACGCUGAUGAAAGCUAUGACCGACUGCGGCGCCCCCCACAAGGAGAUGAGGAUGAACCCGAAAGCCAUCACUGCACCACAGAUGUUUGGUCGUCUGGACGUGGCAACCAAUGACUGGACGGAUGGUAUCUUCUCUACCUUGUGGAGGAGGACCCACAAAACGAAAAAGGGUGAUCACGUAUGGCUCGUGUUGGAUGGGCCCGUUGACGCUAUCUGGAUUGAGAACUUGAACUCUGUACUUGAUGACAACAAAACCCUGACUCUGGCUAACGGUGAUCGUAUCCCCAUGGCACCCAACUGUAAGAUCAUCUUUGAGGUGCACAACAUUGACAAUGCCUCUCCUGCAACUGUGUCUAGAAACGGCAUGGUGUUCAUGUCCAGUUCGAUCAUGGACUGGAAUCCCAUCCUCAAAGGAUGGCUGUUAACAAGACCUGCCAACCAGCAGGACACUAUAUUUGAUGCCUUUGAGAGCAACUUCCCCCAGGCUUACACAUACAGCAUGCAGUCCCUGUGGCCCAAGAUGCCUAUCCUUGAGUGUAUGUACAUCAGACAGGCUAUCGAUCUCCUCGAGGGACUCAUCCCGAAGGGAGAGGAAGGCAAGGACAUUAAGUCUGAUCACCUGAAAAGGCUGAUUGUCUUCGCCAUCAUGUGGUCUGUUGGGGCUCUGCUGGAACUGGAGGACAGGAAAAAGAUUCAAGAAUUUUUGCAAACCAACAGUGACCUGCCAAUGCCCACACUCCAAAACGAUGACACCAUCUUUGAGUAUAUGGUCGGAGAAAAUGGUCAGUGGGAACACUGGUCGGGCAGAGUACCAGAAUAUGUUUAUCCCGAUGACAGCAUUCCAGAAUACACCUCCAUCUUGGUACCGAACGUGGACAAUGUGAGGAUGGACUACCUUAUCAACGCCAUCUCCAAACAGGAGAAGUGUGUCCUGCUCAUUGGUGAACAGGGAACUGCCAAGACUGUGAUGGUCCAGGGAUACUGUAACAAGUUUGACCCAGAACAGCAUCUUUUCAAGAGUCUCAAUUUCUCCAGCGCUACCCAGCCAAUCAUGUUUCAGAGGACCAUUGAGGGUUAUGUGGAUAAACGCAUGGGUACAACAUAUGGUCCACCAGCUGGAAGGAAGAUGACUGUGUUUGUUGACGACAUCAACAUGCCAACAAUCAACAACUGGGGAGAUCAGAUCACCAAUGAGAUUACACGUCAGAUGAUGGAGGUGAAAGGAUUCUACAACCUCGAGAAGCCUGGAGAGUUUAUCAACAUUGUUGACAUACAGAUGACCGCCGCCAUGAUCCACCCAGGAGGUGGCAGAAAUGACAUCCCAUCCCGUCUCAAGCGACAAUUUUCUGUGUUCAAUUGCUGUUUGCCUUCCAACGCUUCCAUUGACAAAGUUUUCGCUACCAUUGGUGGUGGUUACUUCAUUUCCAAACGAGGCUUCAUAAGUGAUGUGACGGACCUCGUCAGUUCCCUGGUGCCAGCUACCAGAAAGGUCUGGCAAAGAGUCAAGAUCAAGAUGUUGCCGACUCCAGCCAAAUUCCACUAUGUCUUUAAUCUUCGUGAUCUCAGUCGUAUAUGGCAGGGUAUGUUGAAUACCACAGAAGAAGUUGUCACCAGUGUGAAAGUGAUGAUGUCGCUAUGGAAACACGAAUGUUACCGUGUGAUUGCUGACAGGUUCACAGAAAUGACUGACAAGGAAUGGUUCGAGAAAACCAUCAAACAGGUGGCCGAGGAGGAGUGUGGCUCUGCAGCCUUCAAUGAGAUGGAAGAGGAACCUUACUUCGUUGACUUCUUGCGAGAGGCUCCUGAGAUCACAGGUGAUGAACCUGAGGAUGCGGACAUGGAAGCCCCGAAGAUCUACGAGCCGGUGCCUUCUCUAGACACACUACAGGACCGCCUGCUUGGAUACAUGGAACAGUAUAAUGAGACCAUCCGAGGCACCAAAAUGGACAUGGUCUUCUUCAAGGAUGCCAUGACAAAUCUGGUGAAGAUAUCGCGUGUGAUACGUACCCCGAGAGGACACUCCCUAUUGGUGGGCGUGGGUGGUUCCGGCAAACAGAGCUUGACCAAACUGGCGUCCUAUAUCGCCGGCUAUAAGACCUUCCAGAUCACCCUCACAAGAUCCUACAACGUGAGUAAUCUCAUGGACGACUUGAAGUUCCUGUAUCGCACUGCUGGGCAGCAGGGCAAUGGUAUCACCUUCAUCUUCACUGACAACGAAAUCAAGGAUGAAGGCUUCCUCGAGUACAUGAACAACAUCCUGUCAUCAGGGGAGGUGUCGGGUCUGUUUGCUCGAGAUGAAAUGGAUGAAAUUUUGCAAGAACUGAUAGCUGUGAUGAAGAAAGAGUUCCCCCGUCGAGUACCAACCAACGAGAAUCUUUACGAUUAUUACCUAUCCAGAUGUCGUCAGAAUCUCCAUGUGGCUCUUUGCUUCUCCCCUGUGGGAGAGAAAUUCCGCAGCAGGUCCCUAAAAUUCCCUGGUCUGAUAUCUGGUUGUACCAUGAACUGGUUCCAGAGGUGGCCCAAGGAUGCCUUGAUUGCGGUAUCAAACCAUUUCCUUUCUGAGUUCGACAUCUCCUGCACUGCUGCUGUGAAGCAAGCGGUGGUCAGCACGAUGGGUAUUUUCCAGGACAACGUCGCAGAGACAUGUAUGGACUACUUCCAGAGAUAUAGGCGUCAAGCUUACGUCACACCAAAAUCUUACCUCUCAUUUAUUGCUGGGUACAAAACCAUCUACGCUGAGAAGCGAGGCGCCAUUCAGUUGCUUGCAGAUAGGAUGAACACAGGUCUUGCCAAACUGGUUGAGGCCACUGAGUCUGUCCAUGAAUUGUCCAAGGAGCUGGCAGUCAAGGAGAAGGAACUUGCCGUUGCUUCGAAAAAGGCUGACAAAGUAUUGGCAGAGGUGACCGUAUCUGCCACUGCAGCCGAGAAGGUCAAGGCUCAAGUGCAGACUGUCAAGGAUAAAGCACAGCACAUAGUGGAUGUUAUUUCUGUUGACAAAGCAGCAGCAGAAAAGAAACUGGAGGCUGCCCGCCCAGCCCUCGAGGAGGCAGAGUCGGCUCUUCAGUCCAUCAAGCCAGCUCAUAUUGCUACAGUGAGAAAGCUUGCUAAGCCACCCCACUUGAUCAUGCGUAUCAUGGACUCAGUAUUGCUGCUCUUCCAAAAGAGGCUUGACCCAGUAACAGCCGACCCUGAAAGGCCUUGUCCCAAACCCUCCUGGGGAGAGGCACUGAAACUCAUGGGAGGUGGAAAGUUUCUGGAUGGGUUGCUCAACUUCCCCAAGGAUUCUAUCACAGAGGAAACAGUAGAACUUCUGAAGCCGUACUUAGAUAUGGAAGAUUAUAGCAUGGAAAAUGCAAAGAAAGUGUGUUCUGACGUUGCUGGACUUGCAAACUGGACACAAGCUAUGUCCUUCUUCUUUAGCAUCAACAAGGAGGUUUUGCCCCUCAAGGCUAAUUUAGCUGUUCAGGAGGCGAAACUGGGAGUUGCCAUGAAUGACUUGAAUGAGGCGCAGGCAACCUUGGAUGACAAGGAGAAGGAACUCGCAGCCGUGCGUGCUAUGUACGAUGCGGCGAUGCUGGAGAAACAGACCCUGUUGGAUGAUGCAGAAGCAUGCCGGAGGAAGAUGACCAACGCUACAGCUUUGAUUGAAGGCCUGGCAGGUGAGAGGAUCCGUUGGACGGAGGCGAGCAAGGGAUUCGCAUCACAGAUUCACCGACUGGUCGGUGAUGUCCUGCUCUGCACGGGCUUCUUAUCCUACACAGGUCCUUUCAAUCAGGAAUUCAGAACUCUCAUCAUCCGCAACUGGAAGAAGGAAAUGAUAGCAGGGAAAAUCCCCUUUAGUGAAGAACUGAACAUCAUCAAUAUGUUGGUGGACAAUGCUACUAUCAGUGAGUGGAGUCUUCAAGGACUUCCUAAUGAUGAACUCUCCAUACAGAACGGUCUGAUUGUCACCAAGGCUAGCCGUUUCCCACUGCUGAUUGACCCUCAGGGGCAGGGUAAAUUCUGGAUCAAGAAGAGGGAAGCAAGCAAUGAACUUCAGAUCACUGCCCUGAACCACAAGUACUUUAGAACCCACCUUGAAGACAGUCUGUCCUUGGGACGGCCUCUCCUUAUUGAGGAUGUUGGAGAGGACCUUGACCCCGCACUUGACAACGUUCUUGAGAAAAAUUUCAUCAAAUCUGGAUCAACAUUCAAGGUGAAAGUGGGAGACAAAGAAGUGGACGUGAUGAAGGGUUUCACAAUGUACAUAACUACCAAGCUGGCCAACCCCACAUACACCCCAGAGGUCUCCGCCCGAACGUCUAUCGUUGACUUCACUGUGACCAUGAAGGGUCUAGAGGACCAACUGCUGGGAAUUGUCAUCCUUACAGAAAAACAAGAACUUGAAUCAGAGCGUACCAAUCUGCUGGAGGAGGUGACGGCCAACAAACGUAAGAUGCAGGAGCUUGAGGAUAACCUGCUGUAUCGGUUAACUUCGACUCAGGGCUCCCUCGUAGAGGACGAGUCACUCAUUGAGGUGCUCCGCAUCACCAAGACAACCGCUGAGGAGGUCAGCGAGAAACUAAAAGUUGCUGCCGAGACAGAGAUCAAAAUCAACUCAGCCAGAGAGGAGUUCCGUCCUGUGGCAUCGCGAGGCAGCAUUCUGUACUUUGUAAUCGUGGAAAUGAGCAUGGUCAACACCAUGUACCAGACAUCCCUCAAACAGUUCCUGGAGAUAUUCGACUGGUCGAUGGCCAGGUCACAGAAGUCACCCAUUACUUCCAAGAGAAUCAACAAUAUCAUAGAAUACUUGACAUUUGAAGUUUUCCGAUAUACUGCUCGUGGUCUUUAUGAGUCGGACAAGUUCUUGUACACAAUGUUGCUCACUGCCAAAGUUGAACUGGCUGCAGGCAGGAUAAGACCAGAGGAGUUCCAAGUAUUCAUCAAAGGUGGCGCUGCAUUGGAUCUAAAUGCGGUCGAGCCAAAACCAAGGAAAUGGAUCAUGGACAUGACAUGGCUCAACUUAGUGGAACUCUCCAGGCUUCCACAAUUCUCCCAAAUCUGCGGACAAGUAUCGCGCAAUGACAAGGCAUGGAAGAACUGGUUUGAUGAGGAUGCGCCCGAGGAAUGUACUAUCCCUGACGGUUAUAGUACCACCUUGGAUACAUUCCGUAAGCUGCUCCUCAUCCGAAGUUGGUGUCCGGAUAGAACUAUUCCAAUGGCACGUAAAUACAUCGCCGAGGCCAUGGGGACCAGGUUUGCAGAAGGAGUGAUCCUGAACCUCGAUUCGAUGUGGGACGAAUCCCAGCCCAGGACACCAAUGGUGUGUUUCCUGUCGAUGGGGUCCGAUCCCACAGAUAACAUUCUGCUGGUGGGCAAGAAAAAAAAUGUCAAAUGUAGUGCGAUCUCCAUGGGACAAGGACAGGACGUCCACGCCAGGCGUGCACUGGCCAUAUCAAUGGCAGAGGGUCAGUGGGUCUUACUACAGAACUGCCAUCUUGGUCUUGAUUUCAUGGAUGAACUCCUUGAUACGGUUCUGAAUACAGAGAGUGUCAAUGAAGGAUUCCGACUCUGGCUCACAACUGAGCCUCACCCCAAAUUUCCCAUCAAUAUGUUACAAUCCUCCAUCAAAUUCACUAAUGAACCCCCACAAGGAGUGAAGGCAGGUCUCAAACGGACAUAUGCGCUUAUAUCACAGGAACAAUUAGAGUACACCAACCUACCGCAGUGGAAGCCCAUGCUGUAUGGCGUGGCUUUCCUUCAUACUACGGUACAAGAGAGGCGUAAGUUCGGACCCAUUGGAUGGAAUAUUCCAUAUGAAUUUAACCAGGCUGACUUUUCAGCUACGGUACAGUUCAUACAGAACCAUCUCGAUGAUAUGGACCCAAAGAAGGGUGUGUCUUGGAGCACAGUGAGAUACAUGAUUGGCGAGAUCCAGUAUGGUGGGCGUGUCACAGAUGACUAUGACAAACGCCUCCUCAACACCUACGCGAAGGUCUGGUUUAGUGAGGGCAUGUUCGCUGAGUCCUUCAGUUUCUAUACGGGAUACAAAAUCCCUAAGUGUAAGACCAUUGACGAAUAUCGUAACUACAUUGAGGGCUUACCACUGCAGGACUCGCCGGAGUGUUUCGGCUUACAUUCCAAUGCUGACAUUACUUAUCAGACCAACACAGCUAACACAAUGCUGGAGAACAUCGUGAACAUCCAGCCUAAGGAUACUGGAGGCGGUAGUGGAGAGACAAGAGAGAGUGUUGUCUACAGACUCGCCAACGACAUGCUGGAAAAACUGCCCAGUGAUUAUGUACCUCACGAGGUUAAGGAUCGUCUGAGGAAGAUGGGAAGUUUACAGCCAAUCAAUAUCUUCCUUCGUCAGGAAAUUGACCGCAUGCAGAAGGUCAUUUCACUGGUCAGAGUCACACUUGUUGACCUGAAGCUGGCCAUCGAUGGUACCAUCAUUAUGAGUGAGAAUCUUCGUGACGCCCUUGACAACAUGUUCAAUGCGCGUGUGCCUACAAACUGGAAGAAAAUUUCCUGGGAGUCGGCCACCCUCGGGUUCUGGUUCACAGACCUGCUCGAGCGGAACACCCAGUUCCACACCUGGGUGUUUGAUGGUCGACCCAUAUCGUUCUGGAUGACUGGAUUUUUCAACCCCCAGGGUUUCCUGACUGCAAUGAGACAAGAGAUCACUCGAGCCCAUAAAGGCUGGGCUUUAGAUACUGUCAUCCUUGAUAAUGAAAUCACCAAGAUGAUGAAAGAGGACCUAACAUCUCCUCCCAGUGAAGGUGUGUACGUGUACGGUUUGAUUCUCGACGGAGCUGGCUGGGACCGUAGAGCUGCUCGCUUGAUAGAACCUACUCAGAAGGUUCUAUACACGCCGUUGCCUGUCGCUCAUGUGUUUGCUACAAACCAGGAGAAGCAAGGCAAAGCUCAGAAUCUGUAUGAUUGUCCCGUGUAUAAGAAACCGCGUCGUACAGAUCUGACCUACAUUUUCCCGCUAGCUCUGAAGACGAACAAAAACCCUGAUCACUGGACACUCCGAGCUGUCGCUUUGCUCUGCGACACCAAGUAAACUGGACAUUAACACUACUGGACACGAAAAAACAAAAACAUCAUGGUGACUUAUAGUUACAAAUUUUAAGAUGUGGUACCAUUACCGGACAUUGUGCUUAAACAUUUUAAUAUCUGUACUGAAUGUGGAAGUACAUUUCAAGAGACCCAAGAUUAUUUUGGAUAUAAAGAAAACAAACUAAUGUACUGUCAUUUACAUGUUCAUAAAUUAACUCCAUACAAGAAAGAUUUCUGAAAAAUCUCUGUAUUAAGUCAGAUAUUGUUUCAGUGCAGAACAUUUUCAAUCUUUUCCAACAAUAAGAAAUUUACCUUGACAACAGCAGUUAUGGAUAUAUUUGUGGUUUAUUGUGUUAUAAGUAUAUCAUUAAAGUAUCCUGAAGAGGUAUAGUUAAGAGAGAUAACUCUGUUGUGACUAGUACUACAGAGAUUACAAUUAUGCAAUAUGAUGUUAUAUAUCACACUGUCAAAACUUUCCUUUGUAUUUAAAGUUGUAACACCUGAAAUAUCUGGUAUAUAGAUAUACAAUCAAUUUAUUAUUUUUGUGAGUGCUUUAUAAAAUGAAAUUUGUAUAGACUUAAUCAGAAAAGACAAUAUUAGUACGUAUGUCUGUUUGCUAUUUAUUUAUUUAUAUAUACAUAUAUGAUUAAAAAUGUUAAAUUCUAUAAUGUUAAUUUGAAAUUUCUUUCGGUAGUUUUAUAAGAUCAAUAUUACAGCCAUUCCUGAUAAAUGAUGUAUAAGAUAUAUUAUACAAUCUAUGUUUAGUUUGGGUUGCAGUACAGCUAACACAUCUAUAUGGCUCUUCGGAGGUUAUUUCCUUCUGCAACCAGCCUAGUUUGACCUCUCGUGGUAAUUCGCGUGAUGUCGGAGGUCAAAGUUGAGUGCAAUGGAAGUGCCCUAGACUGUUGGCAGUAUCGUAGCUCCAAUAUUUAUGAAGUCCGUCCACUGUUUACAGGGUUGUGUGGAGGGUUGAUCACAAAACUGUACAUGAGUAAAGAUUUAUUUUACAUUAUUAUUUCAGGAUCAAUUUCUAAUCAAUUCAAUUAAGUCAUACUUUUUUGAUAAAGGAAUUUCCUGUUUUUAUAUAACAUCCAUGGAAAUAAAUAAAUAAUUUCCAUGAAAAAACUUAAGAUCAAAUUUAUUCCAAAUUGUCUUUGAAACUGAUUAUGGUAAAUAAUUUACAUUUUAUGAAUUUUUUUCUGAUGUACAGUACUGUCUCAGCCCUAAAAAUUCCAUGUACAGUAUUAUGUAUUUAUAUAUGUUUGUGUGUUCUUGGAAAUUUUUAUUUUUAUUGAUAUAUAUUUUUGUCACUCAUCUACAAAAGUUUUUCAUGAAAAGUUUUUUAUUUGUGUUACAGCUUUUGAAAUGUUAUCACUAUUUAAUUCAUUUGUUGUUAUUUGUAUAUUAAUAUUAAAUGGUUUGUCUGUCACUAAAAUUGUUUGGAAUAAAACCAUUGCAUGUUGGAAUUUCA